GGAGAUACAAGUAAUACCAACCUUCCACCCCGCCAACCAUGGCUUCUCUCUGGCGACCGCUGCGGCUCCUGCCUCCGUUGCAGUCGACACUAUCACAGACUCUAGGUCUUCGCGCCUGCACACCAAUCCAAUCACGGCUACUUCAUUCAUCGCCCAUCCUCGCCGCGCGCAAACCAUCAAACGCCGUAGUCAAACCAGUGAAUGCGCCUACAAAUACUCGCAAGAAGAAGAAACAGGCACUCGCUGCAGAGUAUGAAGAGCUUGGUAUACCUUUCCAGACGCAUUCGCCGAGCACUGCGCCUUCCGUUUCCCCAACACAGAGACCUACAUCGAAACCCGAACCUCCUACGCCGACGACAAAGACGCCUGUUUUGAGCAAAACUGUACAGCACAAACACGUGGAACAAUCAACCGUGGAACAACCCAUCGUGGAACAGCCCAUCGUGGAACAGCCCAUCGUGGAACACUCCAUCGUGGAACAACAACUCGAACUCGCCCCAGCACCGCAAUCGCCUUUGAAGCCUACGUACGAAUACAUUCCCGGUGGCCGUAGUGGAGUACAAGCCUCCCUCCGCAAGCUCGCCGCCGCAGACUCACCGAUCCUGAUCUACGAAGCCACCAAAGCCCGCCAAUACGUCGGUGCCUGUGUAUUUGCCAGUCUCUUCCUCGGUGGCAUGGCCGCCAUGCAAAUCGGCUUCUUCACCACAGACCCUUCACAGGGCGAUCUCCGUAUCGCCAGUGUCUUCCUCCUCACCGCCGCAAUCUGGGGUAUCCUGUCUUCUUGGACUGCUUUUGGCGCUGUAGACGUCAUCAAAAAGAUCUGGGCUAUCCCAUCCAUCUCUGGAAGACCAUUGUUGCGUAUCGAGCCUGUCAAGACCUUGUUCGGCCAGCGUCCUUUACCCUUUGACGUCCAUCUUGGUAGAGUGUUCUCCAACAAGAGAUUCGAGGAGAACAUCGGGAUGUUUGAGGCUACGAGACCUGUGAGACGUAAGCCUGGUCUUCUUGAUGCUCUAUUAGAACCCCUCGGCACAAUCAUGGGCGCCAAUAUGAAGAUGAUUCAGAGAAAGUCUUAUUUCGCUCAAUUGAACGUCAAGGACGUGGGUACUUGGAAGGUCGAUCUUCGCGAUUGCAAGGCUCUCGAUGGUGGUAAAACUCUGGAUCUCUUGGUCCUCCCCAGUGAGACUCAACGUGGUUGGUUUGCCUCGUUGUUCGUCAAGGAGUCAUGAUCUUUCCACAGACUAGCCCCGCGUCCCUGACCGUAUGAAGAACAUUGUUUGAAUAGCGCAAUCGUUAUAUGUAGACAGAGAUCCGAUGUGCA